GGAAUUAGACAUGCUUUCUACGACCUGCCCGAGGAGCUAGGGUGGAAGUGGCGAUGGUGCAUACGACAUUUCAAAAGCAAUUACGGGAAGCACUUUGGUAGAACUUAUGGACAACGUGCAGUUUGGCACGCUGCUAUUGCUUUUCAGACUCGAAAGUUUGUAGACAAAAUGAAGAGCAUAAGGGAGGUCCACUCUGAAGGUGCAGAUUGGCUAGAAACU